AUGAAAGGAUGUCUGGCCCUAUGGGACACCGCGGGUCAGGAGGACUACGAGCGGAUCCGACCCCUGAGCUAUCCGGACACAGAUGUGGUGCUCAUCUGUUUCAGUGUCGACUCGCGGAUCUCCUUCGCCAACACUAAACUCAAAUGGGAGCCCGAGAUCAACACAUACCUGCCCUCCGUUCCCAUCGUAUUGGUGGGCAAUAAGUCGGAUCUGAUCUCCGAGAAGACACCCGAGAUCAACACAUACCUGCCCUCCGUUCCCAUCGUAUUGGUGGGCAAUAAGUCGGAUCUGAUCUCCGAGAAGACAGUGACCACCGAUGAGGGCUGGAAAAUGGCGGACACUAUCAACGCCGUCGCAUAUCUCGAGUGUUCGGCGAAGAACUUGUUUGGCGUCAAAAAGGUCUUCGAUGUGGCC